AGCCGGCUGUUCUGUCACAACAAACCAGUGAAAAAUGCUGCUCUGCCCAAUGUUGUGUAAUUUUUCGGUGCCAAAAUCGGCGUAAAACUCUUCGUGUUUGCAUUUAACUCGUCUCUUUUCUUUAAAAAAGAAAGGAAUGCAUACCGAUCUAUCCCCGCAUUUACAUUCAACUGAAUGCAAUCUCAUCAUCGAGGAGCUAAAAAAGUGCCACUCUGAGAAUAAGUUCGCCAAGUUUCUCGGCAUCUGCAAUGAUCUCGAUCGACAAAUGAUAGUGUGCUUGCGGAAUGAACGCAAAACCAGACAGAAACUAAAUCGCGAAAAAGCACUCGAAAAGCAGAAGCGUGUCCAGCAGCUCAUGCGAGAACAUCAGGGAUGAUAA